UGGCUGGGAAGGAGCGGUGGUUGAAGUUGCGCGUCGGGGUCUGCGCUGGCCCUGGGCACCGCCGGCGGCGGCGGCCGCGCGGGAGGAUGCGGCGGGCAGAGAUGAAGCCUGGGAAAUCAUCACAUCCACAGGAUUUACUUGGAGUAAAAGAUCACUGACUUCUACAAUGGAAAAGUCAUGGAUGCUUUGGACCUUUGUUAAAAGAUGGCUACUAGCUUUGGCUUCCUGGUCUUGGAGUCUCUGCCGUAUUUGUCUUUUACCCUUGAUAGUAACUUUUCAUUUGUACGGAGGCAUUAUACUACUUAUAUUAAUAUUUGUAUCAAUAGCAGGUAUAUUAUAUAAAUUCCAGGAUGUGCUGCUUUACUUUCCUGAGCAGCCCUCUUCAUCACGCCUUUAUGUUCCUAUGCCUACUGGUAUACCACAUGAAAAUAUCUUCAUCAAAACCAAAGAUGGAGUUCUUCUCAAUCUUAUCCUGCUGAGAUACACAGGAGACAAUGCAGCGUAUUCACCAACCAUCAUUUACUUUCAUGGGAAUGCAGGCAACAUUGGCCACAGGUUGCCAAAUGCUUUGUUAAUGCUGGUAAACCUGAAAGUGAACUUGAUUCUUGUCGAUUAUAGAGGGUAUGGAAAAAGUGAAGGAGAAGCAAGUGAAGAAGGUUUGUACUUAGAUUCUGAGGCUGUGUUAGACUAUGUGAUGACUCGGUCUGAUCUUGAUAAAACAAAAAUUUUUCUUUUUGGCCGUUCCUUGGGGGGAGCAGUAGCUAUUCACUUAGCUUCUGAAAAUUCCCACAGGAUUUCUGCCAUCGUGGUGGAGAACACCUUUCUUAGCAUCCCACACAUGGCCAGCACUUUGUUUUCUUUCUUUCCAAUGAGGUAUCUUCCUUUAUGGUGCUAUAAAAAUAAAUUUCUGUCCUACAGAAAAAUCUCUCAGUGCAGAAUGCCUUCUCUCUUCAUCUCUGGGUUGUCUGACCAGUUAAUUCCACCAGUUAUGAUGAAGCAACUCUAUGAAUUAUCCCCAGCUCGGACUAAGAGAUUGGCGAUAUUUCCUGAUGGGACUCAUAAUGACACUUGGCAGUGCCAGGGUUAUUUCACUGCACUUGAACAGUUCAUCAAAGAAGUAAUAAAGAGUCACUCCCCUGAAGAAAUGGCGAAAACGUCAUCUAACGUAACAAUAAUAUAACUGAUAUUCUUCUUUGUGGUGGGGGGAGUACCUGCACUGUACCUUGAUUUGUGAAAAGUGGUAAAAGAAUGUCCAUUUUUAAAUGUAUGUCAUGUCUGUACUUGCCUAAAGAGUGAAAUUAAACUUGGAAAGGUUUGAUGCUUUAUUAAGAUGUUCCAGAUAACUUUUACAUUUGCAGCAUUGUAAAUGAACCAUUUUAUGUCUUUCUCAUACUUUUUUGGUAUCUCUGUCCAUAUAUUCCAUUUGUUUGAUAUGUACAACAGAUGCUAUUAAAGAAACUUGCUACAAAAGCAGUACAGAAUGUAUUAGUUUAGAACAACGGGAGGCUCUUCAGUAUUCACUACUGUAUGUGUGAGCUUUGUGGGCAGUCAUGGUUAGCACAAUGAUUUGUUGCUUUUCUUAAGAGUUUAUUUAAAGUGUGCUAUGCAUGAGAUUAGUGUUUUAUUCCUUGAAAUUUUAUAUUAUGCAAGGUGGGAAGUCUUUUAAUGUGCUAAAUAAUAUAAAAGAACAGUAAUGGUACAGUAUACUUGCAGGAAUGCUAUCCUGGGUUAUUACUGUUUUUUAUGGUUAUACAUACAUACAUAUUUCAAACUGCAACCGAAGAGGAAAAGACACUUGCCCUGUUUUCAUUUUACUAUUCGUAUUAUAAUAGCGCCCAGAAAGUUGUAUGUGCCCAGACACCAUGGUUUCAGGAUUUUGCCUAGGCAAUUUCUUCACAGAAAAUAGAAGUAACUUUCAAAAAGAGAGCAGUGUGAUCUAAGCUCCUUUCCACCCCAAGCUUUCCUCACCUAAUGUACAGGCAAACUGUGUGUUGGUAUUAGUCUGCUUGUGCAUUUGAGGUGAGAUUUCCCAAGGCAAAAUGAGUGAUGUGAUAGGAGUGUCAUACAAGGUAAAAGUAUGUAUUUGUGGUUUUGUGUUUGGUUUGUUUUUUUUUUUUUUCUUUUAGGCUAAUGUAGUUAAAUGUCUGUGCCCUUUAUAUCUCCAAAAGAAAUCAAAAUAAUUACCAGUGAUCACAUGAUUAGAGAUUAAUGCGUACUGUUUUAACAGUAAGGAUAAUAAAAAUGAGCAGUGCAUUAAAUUUAGUAGAGCUAAGCUUGGUUAGUUAGACCUAAGUUAGAGACAUUAAUUUCAACACUUUUACCCAUUUGCUUGCAGAAAGUCUUUUACAGUUCUCUUGUACCAUGUGGAAGCAGCCUAAGCAUCAGCAGAAGUGAAUUUUAGCCUUUCUGUGAUUUCUGAAGCUAGUAUCAUCAUUUCAGAGCCAGCAGUACUUAAAUUGAGAGAGUUUGAUUCUGACUGAGUGUUGGGGUUCUUUUGUUUGUUUUUAGGAGUCCUUAUCCUAGGUGGUCAUAUCGAAGUUGAAUGCUGUUAGCUCAGUCCAUAUUGGAGCAUGGAGUCUGCAGGUUUAAUUUCUCAUUUGCUGCAGCUGAUAGUUUGCCUCUUCAAAAUAUUUUUUUAUGGGAAGAACAAACUGUGGAGAAUCUUCCACACAAUCUGUGCAAUUGCCCUUCGGAUUGAAAUUUUUAAAUAAACUUUUCUGCCAUGUUGUCCUGAUUCAGAAAAGCAUCUCAGCACACACUUAAAAUCUGUUUGCUGGUGGACAGUGGUAUUUUAAGCUUGUGCUUAAGUUCUCUGGUUGAAUAAAACUGCUUUCCUGAA